UGUGUGUGUGAGAGUGGUGACAGAGCGUCUCGGGCAUGAUGCGCGUCUGCGUCUGCUCUUUAAAUGCAGCUGCUCCUGAACACCUGCUCACACCUGCGAGAUCAGAGCGCUUCAGACGGGAUCAUGAUGUUCUACAGAUCUGAACAAAUGCAGAAGAUUUUACUGAUGGUGUGUGUGUGGGGAAUCUUUCCUCUGACUACAGAGCAGUUCCCAGUUCUCGGAGGCUUCAAUCUCCUGCUGUAUCCAGUAUCGGGGACGGGAGCGUACGGACCUCAGAUGCUUCUGAUACCAGUGACCACGACUGAGAGAAACACACAACACAACCAAACUCCACAGGCGGACAGCAGUAAGAUCAGUUCGCAAAGUUUGUCCAAGCCUUUGAAUGCAAACAGCGCAUUUCUCCAGCCGGAGCCAGGCCGUGGCCCCUCCCCCGGCCCCUCCCACAGCCCCGCCCCCAGCCCCGCCCCUAUUCUUCACCAGUUCCCGUCUGAGGCUCCAGUUCUGCAGGGGCAGAUGUCGAAUUUCAUCCCCUCAAAUGUCCCUCUGCAGGUGUAUUCAUUUGUCCAGCAGGCUGUAAUUUCAGACUCAGGCAGCUCAGAGGAAGGAGAUGCUGCUCAGGUGGUUUAUAUGGUUCCCGUCCGUGUGGAAUCGCCCAACAUGGGUGUGAUGGAGGGCAGCGCUCCCGCUCCCGUUCCCGCUCCCGACCCAGGACACCUCCACGUCCCGGUCACCACCUCCGCCCUGGAGACUGCUGCUCCGCCGGACGCUCAAGGGCAGCUGGGGAAAACUCUGGCCACAGAAACAGCGACACGGACAGACAUUCUGAGAAAGAAGGGACUCUGAGGAGACACCAGAGGAGAGAUGUCCAUUUAACACAGAUCUCUCUCUCUCUUUUAUUUGAUAUCAGAAAAUGUAACGUUAUUCAGUUAAUUGUGGAAACUGUUUUGUACUGAUUUAUACAAUACAGGUGCUUUAAAACA